CUAGCUAGCUAGCUAGCUAGCUAGUACCACACGUAUUCAUUUCGGUUUUUAAACUCGCCGCAUGGAAUUCGAUUGAUUCGAGUCUGAAUCAUCACGUUUCUCCUGGACUCACUUCUUGGUUCACUGCACUACAGUAGUACUCACAAAACACUCAUCUUUUGCUUGUUUCCUUCAGCAUCAUGGCAACUCCUACUUCCACAGAACAAUCCCUUGCUCGUGCUUCUGCCCCAGAGGACUUUGACAUGGCCCUCUCACUCUGCAAAAGCGCGCUGGUGCGAAUGCAAGCAAAUGGUGAUGAUGAGAGUAUCAACCAAAAGCUUGAAGCAAUGGCUGUCAUGAUGAAGUGCUUUGGGUACAAACAAGCCAACCAUCACGAAACCAGUGCUUCAACGUACGCGCAAUGGGAUCAACUGGAUGAUGCAAUUUGGGUCAAUGGCAUCCUUCCCUUUGUUGGCAUGGGUCAUUAUGCCUUUGUGGCAGGAGUCAAUCACAGAAUGAGAGAUCUAUAUGUGACAUACUGCUCAAUGCUAGUGAUAGACAUGCGGCCUUGUGUGAGAUGGAAUCGGUGGGACUUUGGAAAAGCCUGCAGCACUGAUACAUUUUACAGAGCAGUUUGUGCUAGUGUGUCUUGUGCAGAGUCUUGGUACAACGAUGGCACCAUAAAGACUCACGAAGAGGAGAUAAUGAUCUGUCAAAGCACAGCAAAGGUUGGAAACCUUGCAGUCACUCAGUGGUCUCAUGAACAUGGGCUUUCAUGGGACAGUGAAACAUGCUCCAGAGCUGCUGCAAAUGGCCAUUUGGACGUGCUUAAAUAUGCCCAUGAAUGGUGUCUUGGGAUGAACACACAUGCAGAUAGCUGCUGA